AUGUCGAUGCAGUCACCGGCUGAGGACUCCUCAAACGACAUCAGCAGGGGGAUCUGGGCUGCCGCCGUCGGUACGCGACGUCUGCUGAAAUUCUUCAACAAAUACGGCAUCAAAGCGACAUGGUUCGUCCCGGGCCACUCGUUGGAAUCCUUCACGGAGGAUAUGGCUGCCGUGCGCGACGCCGGCCACGAGAUCGGCCUGCAUGGGUACUCGCAUGAGAACCCGAAAGACAUGACCGUUGAGCAGCAGCGCGAUGUGCUCGAUAAGACGUACCGCGUGCUGACGGAGUUCGCUGGGAAGCCGCCCCGUGGCGGCGUAGCUCCUUGCUGCUCCUGGGCUACGGCAUCGAGUAUGACCACAGCAUGGAGCCACGAGGAUUGCCAAGCGUACUAUCUGUGGACCGGGGACACCUGGACCAACAUCGACCACACCAAGACGGCGAAGGAGUGGAUGAAGCCGCUCGUCCAGGGCCAGAAGACGGGGCUCGGGGAGAUCCCCGCGAACUGGUACAUCGACGAUUUGCCUCCGAUGAUGUGCAUCAAAGCGGCGCCAAACAGCCACGGCUUCGUGAACCCGCGGGACGUCGAAGACAUCUAG